GGCUCAGAGCGCCUCCCCCCUCGGCUUCCCGAACCCUGCCAGGUCCGACCCGAGGGGGAGGAUGGACACUCCAGCUGCGUUCUGAGUCUGCGCAGAAAAUAACAUCCUUGCGGCCACAGCACCCCACCGUCCUACCCAGGCCACCCCCUCGUCCCUUCUACCACUCCAUCUCCCAGAGUCAGAAGCGCGGAAAAGCGCGCGAUGGCGGACAACGUGAAGAAGCUGGCCAAAAGCGAAUCUUUACGAGCGCUGCAGGAUAGAAUCUCCUUCUGGGUGCAGGACUACAACACAAACUCCUGUGAUGAAAACCUAAAUUACUGCAUCGGACUCAUCGAACAAGUGGCCAAAGUGCAGGCACAACUCUUCGGGAUCCUCACGGUGACAGCCCAAGAAGGAGGACAUAAUGAGGGUGUGGCAACAAUCAAGGGUCGCCUUUUGCCUUUGCUGGAGACAUCUUUCAGCUCUGUAAACGUAGGAAAACUUAUGGACAACAAGGCCCCCCUUACGCAGGUCACGUAUUAUAGAGACAAAACGAGAGAAGCUAGUUUUCAGGAUCAGGACCAAGAGCAAUUAGACACUGAAUUCAUCCCCGACAGUCAACAAAACCAGGUUCCAGACGAUCUGGCUGACACUGGAAAGAGUCUUGAAGGAACCAGGAACAGAUCAACCAUAUCCCUCAAGGCUGCAGAGGAGGAGAUAAAUCAGCUAAAAAAGCAACUUAAAUCACUUCAAGCCCAGGAAGACGCUCGUCACAGAAACUCAGAGAGUCGGCGCUCGGAGGCUUCAAGAUCUGAACGUCGAGUUUCAAGCAAACGGGGCUCAGAAGGACGGGCCUCAGAACCACGGGGCUCAGAAGCACGGGGCUCAGAACCACGGGGCUCAGAAGCACGGGGCUCAGAACCACGGGGCUUAGAACCACGGGGCCAAGAGGUGAUGUUCGACUAUGAGAAACAUCUCCAAAAUCUGAAGGAUGAGAUAGCUGUGUUGUCUGCUGAAAAAUCCGGUCUCCAGGGAAGGUCAGCGAGGAGCCGGUCUCCUAGCCCUACCUACUGUAGCCCUAGCCGCAGCCGCAGCCGCAGCCGUAGCAGGUCCAACAGCCCCUGCACCGCAAUGGCCAAGGUCAGAAGCCCAUCCCCAAACCGGUCCAAAAUGUCCAGCGUGGCUCGCAAAGCGGCUCUCCUGUCCCGAUUCAGCGAUGCCUAUUCCCAGGCCCGUCUGGAUGCACAGUGCUUGCUGCGGCGUUGCAUCGACAGGGCAGAGACUGUGCAGCGGAUCAUUUACAUCGCCACAGUGGAGGCGUUUCAUGUAGCUAAAAUGGCGUUCAGACAUUUCAAGAUCCGGGUGAGGAAGAUGCUCACACCAUCGCACGUGGGGUCAAAUGACUUCGAGUGUGCAGUCUUGGACUAUAUCAUUUGUCAUCUUGAUCUCUACGACUCUCAGAACAGUGUUAAUGAUGUGAUCCGUGCCAUGAACGUCAACCCCAAGAUCUCAUUCCCUCCUGAAGUUGACUUCUGCGUCCUCAGUGACUUCAUCCAGGAGAUAUGCUGCAUUGCCUUCGCAAUGCAGUCCUUGGAUCCACCGCUGGAUAUCGCAUUUGGGGCCGACGGAGAGGUCUUUAAUGAUUGCAAGUACCGCCGCAGUUAUGACUCGGAUUUCACUGCUCCCUUGGUCUUUUAUCACGUGUGGCCUGCUCUCAUGGAGAAUGACUGUGUCAUCAUGAAGGGAGAAGCUGUCACCAAGAGAGGGGCUUUUUGGAGUUCUGUGCGACCUGUAGCUCGCUGCCGCAGCAGGAGUUUGAGCCCCGUCUGCCCCCGUAACCGCAUUGGAUUAAGCACGAUAUCUCGAAGUCGGAGUCCUUCUCCAAUAAGAUGUACAUUGCCAAGAUAUUAAAACCACCAGCCACGUUCGUUUGCCACAGCCCAUUGGAACAGCCAGCUUCCUCAGUGCCUCCACCCACCUGCCUCGUCUGCCUCCGACCUUAUUUAACAUGAAAUGAAAAGGCACUUCUGUGUGUCAUUCCGCACAGAGAGUUUAA